AUGUCUGAAUUAAAUGAUGAUUUGUUCAAGCUAUAUCUAGUGACAGACUCUACCAUGAUUCCCGAGUCGAAAACAUUCCUUGGGCAGAUCGAAGAGGCUGUCAAUAAUGGUGUAACAAUUGUUCAAUUGCGCGAAAAAAAACUCAGCACGAGAGAGUUUAUUAAAAGAGCUCAACAAGUACACGCUCUUACAAAACCUCGCGGAAUUCCUCUCAUUAUAAACGACAGAGUUGAUGUGGCUCUAGCAAUUGAUGCAGAAGGUGUCCAUGUUGGUCAGGAUGAUAUGCCGGCCACAUCAGUUCGUGAGUUGAUUGGCCCAAACAAGAUAUUGGGAGUCACUUGCUCUACCCCGGAAGAAGCACAGGAAGUUGUUGACCAAGAUGUGGCAGAUUAUGUAGGGUUGGGUACAGUUUAUGCUACAAACACAAAAAAGGAUGUUACCAACCCUGAUGGAGUAGGUCCAAUUGGUAUAAAGAGUAUGCUUUUGGUUCUUGCCAAACACAAGAGAGAUAUCAAAAGUGUAGCCAUUGGAGGAAUCAAUCACUCAAAUGCAAAGUUUGUUCAGAGUGCUUGUAGAGUACCUGGAAGAUCAAUAUCUGGGCCAGCAGUAGUAUCUUGCAUCAUGGCUAGUCAAGAUGCUGGUAAUGCUACCAAGAAACUUAAAGAGAUACUUGAAUAUUGUUUGAAGGAAAGAGGAGUAGACACUAUUGGUACAGAACAGCACCAAAGAAACCAAGACUCAUUUUCGGAUUUUAGAGUUACUGGAGCUUACAAGCAAAAGAAUAAGUUAAAGACAUUGGUACAAUCACAUCCACUUGUACACCACAUUACCAAUAAUGUUGUGAAAAACUUUAGUGCAAAUGUGACGCUAGCAAUUGGGGCAUCGCCAAUCAUGUCUGAGUUGCCUACAGAGUUUGAAGAAUUUACAUCAAAAAUACCAAAUCUUGCACUUGUUCUUAAUUUGGGCACACCAAACGAAGAACUCAUGAAAGUUUUUGCAAAAGCCAUAUCCGCGUACAAUAUGUACAACAAACCCAUAGUCUUUGAUCCUGUUGCUUGCGGAGCAUCUCAAGCGAGAUUGAGUUGUUGCCGAAAAUUGUUGAACACGGGACACAUGACGGUGAUUAAAGGGAAUUUGGGGGAAAUUGUGAGUAUUUGGAAAUUGACUCAGUGCUAUAAUUCGUUGAAUCUUGGCGACGACCUCAUGCAUGGUGUUGAUUCAGUGGCAGACGUCUCCGAGGAUAUUCUUUUCAAAAUUGCAAGCGACAUAUUGUAUGACUUCAAUGCAACUCUUGUCAUCACUGGACAAGUAAACUAUGUCUUUGCAACAGAUGGGAAAAGGUAUGAGAAAAUUGCUGGCGGUAGUCUGUUGAUGAGUUUGGUAACGGGUACCGGAUGUUCAUUGGGCAGUGUUAUUGCUGCAUUCUUGGCAGCUCGUGCUGAUGGCUUGAAUGAUGGCGAGAUUGACAAUGUUGAAAAGAAUGAAAAAAACACAAUCAGUCAAUCAAACUCUUGUGAUAACUAUAGUUGUGUUGUUGCAGCAGUGAGUUUAUACAAUGAGGCAGGAAGAAAUGCUGCAUCAAAAACCUCUGCGCCAAGUUCAUUUAUGACUGCUUUCAUAGACGAAUUGUAUAAACUCACACACGAAAGAUUAGAAACCUAG